AUGUUAGGUGCAUGGCAGAAACUGCGGUGGCUGUCUGAGGAAGAGUUAUCCUUAAGUUUCAUAAGGCUUUCUUAUAUGAGAGAAUGGCUCCUAAGUAUUGAAGAGGAACAAGAAGGAGAAGAAAAUGAAGGGGCCCUAGCCGUAAUACAACUGGUACUUACCAUUGGAGGAGAAGAGGAAGCUGAAUUACUAGGGAUCUCUUUGCAUGAUGUUGUUGGAUCCCUAGCACCAAAAACCAUGAGGCUAACAGGGGUUAUCAACAAAAUCGGUGUAAUUGUUUUGAUUGACACAGGAAGGACGCAUAGCUUUAUUGACCCAAAUGUAGCAAGGAAGGCCAAACUGACAGUGGAAGUGAGCCAAAUGACAGUAACGCUGGCUAAUGGAGCCAACAUCCCUUACCUUGGUUUAUGUAAGGCAAUCCCACUCCUAUUACAAUGUUUGGACACUAUACCAAACCUGAACUUGUUGGUUUUGGGAGGGGAUGUGACAUUGUUUUAG